AUGAAACAGAGAUUGAGAGCUAAGGUGUGGUGGCCGAAACUUGAUACACAUGUCGAAAGAUACGUUAAGAAUUGCCGGGGAUGUAUGCUAGUGGCAGCACCCUCUGCACCGCAACCGAUGGAACGCAGAGAAUUACCGUCAGGACCAUGGCAACAUGUGGCUAUUGAUUUUCUUGGUCCGCUUCCCUCGGGAUAUUUUCUAUUCGUUGUUGUUGAUUACUUCAGUCGCUAUAUAGAAGUGGAAAUAAUGACCAAGACGGAUUCAAGUGAAACCAUAAAGCGAUUAGAUUCCAUUUUUGCGCGCUUUGGCUUGCCGUUGUCGAUAACAGCAGACAACGGACCUCAAUUUUCUAGUGAAGAAUUUCGAGGAUUUUGUGACUCAAACAAUAUUAAGCUAAUCACCACAACACCGUACUGGCCACAACAGAAUGGGGAAGUCGAGCGGCAAAAUCGAUCAAUUUUAAAAAGAUUGAUCAUCAGUCAAGGAAUUAAUACUGAUCGGAUUAAUGAGCUAAACAAAUAUUUAUUAAUGUAUCGUUCAUCUCCGCACUCGACUACGAAAAGGACACCUUCAGAGAUGCUUUUGGGCUACAAUAUUCGUGACCGACUCCCAAGUAUAUACCAGCCGAAGGAUGUUGAUGAAGAAAUUAUUGAUCGAGACAAGGACUUGAAGAUGAGAGGUAAACUAUACGCUGACAAGCGGCGAAACGCUAAGCCGAACGUUAUUUCUGUGGGUGAUGAUGUACUGGUGAAGAGAAUGGUGAAGACGAACAAGUUGUCAUCUAAUUUCGACCCAAAAAUAUUUGAAGUUAUUAAAAGAAAAGGUGGAGACGUCAUAGUUGCUUCGAAAGAAACAGGCGUUAAAUACCGAAGACAUGUGUCCCAUCUACAGCGAGUUCCAGAAAGUGUUGAGACCAAUUCGUCCUUGCGCUUCAAUGAAGGAGACAAGUCAUUAACAUCUGUUUCAUCCAAUGAUACAACAUGUGAAAAAGAUAGGAGCCCAGACGAUGGUGGAUCGGGAACUAGAAGAGCCAUCCGACAACCAUCAUACAUGCGAGACUACAUGCAAGCGAUUUAUGUUUGA